AUGGGAAGCAGUGCAUUCCGAGAGCCUUCACCUAUACAGUCCAUUGCUGCUGAAGAAGGUAAUCAAUCAGUUCUCUCCAACAUGAGCGAAUCCAUUCUAAACAGCACUCUUGCCAAUACCUCUAUUGAUUACGAGAAGGACGAGCGAAUACAACGACUAGAGAAUGAAGUUUUACAAAGCGAAUUAGAAGGCGCACACUCUGCAGUAAAAAGCGCAAAAAAUGAUCUGGAACUUUUAAAUAUGGAACGGGAUGGUCUGCUUGAAAAAAUUGAAAAACUGUCUGAAACCAAUACAGAGUUGGAUUCAUCGUUGAAACGGGAGAAAGACUUAAGUUCUUCCCUCAGAUCAUCUUUGGAAAAGCAGUCAACUGAAAUUGAACGUCUGCAUGGAGAACUGGAUUCCGCACGGUCUCAAGCGCAUUCUUUGGCAGCCAAACUCUCUGAAAGUACUGAAACAAUAAGUCGGUUGGAGGAACAACUGAAACAUGCAAGAGGAGAACCCACGGACGCAGGAGAUGAGACACAAAUUUUGCAUUUACGCAACAAUCCUUUGCAAUGUGCAAUGGACGAGGUUGCAGAGAGCGAACGUGCGCGAAAGAGAAAGGCGGACGACACCUUUGGAGAUGAAUCAUCCGAAGCAAAACGAGCUCGCGAAGAGAAAAUCCAUGCUCUCGAAGCCCAGUUGAGAAAAAGUGAACGAGAUAAAGAGCAAGCUUUGAGGCUUCAGACUGAUUUUGCAAAGAAGUACAGGUACAUGAAGUGAUU